GCGGCCACAUAACACUAUGUCAUGGGUGCUGCGUCAGCUCUGUUAUAUCAUGGAGAUUACGUUUCUGGGCCAGUACGAUGCUAGCAAUUAUUCUUCCUACCCACUCCCCCACCUCACCUCUAAUUUCCCAAAAAUGCCCACCAGUAAUUCCAUUAAUAACAAUGUGAAAUGGGCAACUCCGCCAUAAUAAUACACCUCGUGAUGGACAUUUCUAUAAAUUUGUUCCUCUUUUAAAUACCUUUUCUUUCUGCCAUUCAACCACCCAGUGAUGACUCUAUAUACAGCAAGAAACACGGGGUUUGCAGUUAGUGAGUCACUUGCUAUUGCCAACUGCUAAGCUAGGCCAGUUCUUUGUACUAUAUUACAUGCCAGCAUGUGCAUGGAUUGCGAUUCGUUAGCUCGCAUGGAGAGUGAUACAAGGAAGAGGAAGAUUGAGAACGUUGAAGAACAAGAGAAGGGAAAAGAAGAGCAAGAGUUGGAAGAAGAUGAUGAAGUAAAGAUGGAGAAGUUCUUUGCUCUGAUAAGAAGCUCAAGAGAUCUUAUGAGAAAGGACCCCAACGAAUCCAAAGAGAAAGAGGAGAAGAAACCUGAAGCAGCUGCUGCUUGGAAUCCAUCAUUCCAACCAGAAGAUUUUAUACAAGAUAUUUUUAAGGACAGUCAGACAGAUCCUGGUCCUUCCAAGACAGCAGAAGAUGAACAAGAAAAACAGAAGAAAGAAGAGGAAGAAGGAGACAAUGGAUUAGACCUAGAUCUUUCUUUGUAGUCAUGUAUUAUGUAGACUUCUUUUGCAAUUUGCACGUUGAAAAUAAAUGGGCAAAAUUUUCCACUGUUAUUAUUAUUAAUAGAUUGACAUAUUGCCAUC